AUGAGCCAGCAACACCACGACAUGGGCUAUCUCGACUAUUCCGCUCCGCCGAACCGGUCCCCCAACUCGUCCAGGCAGGCGUACGGGGCCCCGCCCGCCUUCGGCGCCGGCAUGUCCCUGCCUCGCCAGACGCAGCGGCCCUUCGACGCCCCGCUGGGUUCCUCGGCCCUCUACCCGACCGAUCGGAUAAGCGGCGCCUUCAACCCACGGGCCAUGGACGGCAUGCCCGCGCCCGGCGGCAUGCCCGGCGGCUACAUGCUGGACAACGGCCAGACGUGGAACUACGGCGCGUCCGGGGUUGCGACCGUCAACGGCGCCGUGCACGGAUCGAAUCGCCAGCGCAGCGUUAACCGCCGCGCCGCCCUUCCCCAGAACUGGACCGAGCACGGCAGCAUGGGCAUGCCCAACCUCCAACAGUUUGCCGGGGGCCUCAACGGCGGACACCUUGCCAACGGUGGCCUGCGCGUGGACCAAGGUCCGGCGCACACCUCACCGGACUUGCGAUCCACCGCCUCCGAUGGCGACCAGCUGAUACCGACGGCCAUUGUCAUCAAGAACAUUCCCUUUGCCGUCCGCAAGGAGACGUUGGCCACCAUCAUGCUUGAGAUGAAUCUUCCCCAACCCUAUGCGUUCAAUUAUCACUUUGACAAUGGCGUCUUCCGCGGCCUUGCCUUUGCCAACUUCCAAUCUGCAGAGGACACGAGGGUUGUCAUCGAGGCCAUGAACGGCAUGGAUGUGCACGGCCGAAAGCUCAGGGUCGAGUACAAGAAGAUGCUGCCCGAGGCAGAGCGAGAGCGCAUCGAGCGGGAGAAGCGCGAGCGACGUGGACAGCUCGAGGAGCAGCACCGCGCCCCCAUGCUGCACCAACAGAGCUCUAUGCAGUCUCUGGGGGGCAUGUCCCAGUCUGCUCAGCAAAGGGGCACCCCGGCCGGUCAUCUUGGUGAUGUCGACCUCAAUGAUCCUCAAACCCUCGAUUUCUACACCGAGCUUGCUAUGUUCAAGCGCGACGAGACGAGGGAGAUUCUCGUGUUCCCGCCCACCAUCGCCCCCGAGCACCGACGCUCCAUUCACAUCCUUGCACAUCACAUGGGGCUGGAGCAUCAGUCCAUUGGCGAGGCCGACUCCCGACAGCUGACAGUGCUGAAGCGUUCUCAGCCCUCGCCCACCGCCAACGCGCAGAAUGCUGCGGCUACACUCGACGUGCACAAGCGUGGCCUGAGCCGCGCAGCCACGUUUGACUUUGCCGCUGAUCGCGAGUCUCGAGCGGCCAGCAGCAACUAUGCCCACAUGAUGGGACGCCAAGGCCCGACCCUCGAGCUCCCUGGCAGCCCCGACGGCAGUGGCAUCCCCAACAAUCUGCGAGCAGCCAAAAGCUUCGCUGAUUUGCGGUCCUUCACACCAAGCCCUUCGCAGGCGUCCUCGAGCUACCUGGCGGCGCCCGGCGCCGGCAUGAGCGGCAUGGGAGCAGGGUCGACCGCACGAUUCGGCGACUACAUGGGGCCACAGCAAGGCCACCAGGGCGGCUCGGGCACUCCCGGCCCCAAGGCGGACAACGGCCUCGUCGCCGGCCUUGGCGGACUGAGCCUUAGUCCCUACGACUCCAACACGCUGCAGACGCAGGCGCGGACGACUCCCGGCGCCAUUGGCAGCCAGCGUCCAGGCGCCGGCAGCAGCGGCGUCAAGGGCGCUCCCGAGCGACAGCCCCGCGGCCCGGAGUGGGAUCACGGUGCCGGGUUCGGCGGCCGAAGCCGGGCGAACGGACAUAUGCAGCGCGGCAGUGACUCCUCCGACAAUGGGGCCCGCGUCGGCUUGAGCUCGACUGGCGGCUCGAGGUAUCACUAG